UAUCAUCCUUGUUUAUUUUCAUCAAUGCGUUGUGUCAAUAUAAAUAAACCCGUUGUGUGCAAUAAUUUAUUUCAAUUUUGCAAUAUCAAUGAACACUGAUCACUUAUCAGUGAUGUCAUCAUGACUUUAUGCUGCAGGUUCUUCACCUGUCACGGUCAUAGAAUACUAUUCACCUGUUAGAACUUAGAAGCUUAGUGGGCCGGUGUGCGCGGUGAGCCAGCGCCCCGUGCGGCGCCGGUACAGUCCGGGUGGGGCGCAGCGGGCCGCCGGGCGCUCCCUGCCGCCGCGCCAUGGAGCUGUCGCCGACCUACUCCGAGUCGCCGCCGGACGGCUCGGUAGCAGCCGCCUGCUGCGACUUCACCACCUGCUGCUACUCGGGCCUGUGCGCCGUGCUCUGCUUCACCGGCGUGGCCAUCACGUUCAUCUUUAGCUCUGCGCCGGACCAGGACGCAGGCCUGGGUGUGGCGACUCCACAGACCUGGCUGCUCGGGCCCGUUCUCAUCCUGCUCAGCGUGCUGGUGGCCGUCAAAACGCUUAUGCACGUGCGCAAGCAGCGGCUGCGUCUGGCCGGCGGCCGGCAGCGGCGGCACAGGCGGCGGCGGCGGCCUGACUCGCUGGACCAGGCCGAGCUCGAGUCGGGCCUGGAGCUGUCGCUGCCGCCGCGCGGACACGACCUGCCGCCCUCCUACGAGGAGGUGAUGAAGCUGAUGCAGGAGGAGCGGCGAGGACCGCCGCCGCCGCCUCCCCCUCCGCCUCCACCGCCCCCACCGCCAGCGGAGGUGGUGCAGUGAUGGAGGGCUCACUCACACGCGCACACUCUGGUCUGGAGACCGCGCAGCCAGGUAGCCGGGCCAUACACAGCGAGGUGGUGAGUAUACGUCUGAGAGUACCCGCCUGUACAGGGUGCGACUGGCUGGACGCUGUAUGUCUGGAUGUGAUUGAUGUGACACGCACAUACCCUCGAGUAUGUGACAGGUUCGAUGUGACUGAUGUUAGAGCCUUCCGCUGGAAGAGUUGAUGAUCUGAUUAAAAGUUAACUGCGCUCCAUAGCGCGUGGUCGAUGGUUGACCACGUACCGAACACUGCUGAUCAAAAUAAGACGACGGCAUUUAAAACGUGCCAACUAAGGCGUACGUUUGUCGCUCAAAGUUGACGGUCCUCUGAGAUCCUGCGACUCCCUCAGACUCUUCUGGGUGGUUAAAAUUGGUCAUUGGCCGGUGUCAUGGCUAACGCAGGCUGUUCCGGUAGAAGGGAUGGGAGAGCGUACGAACGGGACCGGAUUGCCGGGACAGUAUCUGGGUAGUGGUUCAAUGCUAUCGGUUUUCAAUGUCCCCGUGGGUGAUGCUGGACAGUACUCGGUAUGUAACUAGACUCAAAUGAGAUUGGCUUUGAUAGCCAUUGUUUACCUUUUGGAAUGUGCUCACUUCCCAAUGUUUAACUGCACCCAGUCCACAAAGCGGUUGUGGUAUUCUCUUACUAGUUGCACAAUAAGCUAAGCAGAACUCAAGAUGUUCCUUUUAUUUUCGCAUGCAUUUUUCAUUAUAAGGCACAUGCUAUUUGAGUAAAUGGCAAUAUUGUAGGAAGCGACAGCGUUCGGUUUUACUGUUUCGAUUGUCUAUUUUGCUCGUGUCUGUGUUUAUUGUCAUUAGGUGUUUGGAUUGGGUGUUUUGCCAUACCGUUGGCGUCCGAAGAAAACUGAAGUCUUCUACGAGGAGCUUUACCGUCAGACUUGUGUCGGGCCGGCAGCUGCGCGCUCGGUCGCGACUGUUUUGUGCCAGACAUCUGUCCAUCCCGUCCAAUGUAGCCGGACGCUGCAUAUCUCGCAACAUCAUAUCCUUUUGAGCGCAAUAGUGGUCCACGGUCAUCAUAUCGUUGUCGCGCGGCGCCUCUGACUGUCGGUGGCCGGCGGCUCACAUUCCGUGUAUUGGUGUGACGGCCGUCCGUGACGUUACGUUACCCCCUCGGGGCGGUGACGGGUCGCCAGUCGCCCUACGGCGAGCGACUGCCAGCUGUGUCCGUGUGGUGUCUGCAGGGUGAGUGGGCGCGAGUGCAAUUCUACGUACAAUUGUCUGUCUGUGGCGGUGUGCGGCGGCCGUUCAGCUUUACAUAGAAUCUGUCCAGGACGGAUCUGACGCCGGGUUGUCCGGCGACCCCAGAGAAUCUCCCCGGCGCCGGUCCCGGGCCGCGGCCGGCCACCGCUCCGGCGCGCGCGGCCGCCGCGCAGACCAUGAUUCGUGUCUUUCGAAGGAUGUUCCGCCGUACAAUGCAUGCAUCGUCCAGGGUGGGUGUGCCGUGUCGACUGUACUGCACCAACAGAAAUUCGGCGAGUCCAUAUAUGAUACAAUAUGCUUGCGUCAUAUUCACUGGCACGUAACGCCCAACAUGUGUAUUUUUGUAAUAAAAUGGUGUGAUGUUAAUAA